AUGUGGACAUUGGUAUGGGUGUAUCUAUCUUAUUUGAUUAGUUUCAUCGUCAGUGGAGUGAUUGUCUUAUCAUUGUUUGGCAUAUCAACUGGAAUUCGAGAGCGCUGUGCCGAGUUACUGUUGGUUAUUUUCGCAGUAAGUGAAUUUUGUUUGUUUUGUUAUGUUUUUAGGUAACAAAUGAUGUUUGUUGAAGGCUUUUGAGGUAAUAACAGCUGGGUUUGGCGAUGGAAAAGGUAGUAACAGCUAGGCAAGGUAGAGUAGGGUAGGGUACGACCUUUUCAAAUGGCAAACCUCAGGUUUUAAGCUUUUUAAACCAAAAUAUCUAUUUUAAUCCUUAGUUUCUGUCGAAAAAAUAAAAAACUAUAGCGUUGAGUAGCUAUAGAACCUGAUACAGGUUUUGUGCCGGCGUAAUUGACCAACACUCGUCGGUGAAGGUUAAAGAAGAUGCUAGGUUGUCCGCAUGGGAUCGAACCUUUGAAUUAAAUAAAUUUGAAUUUGUAUGAAUGGAUUGAUUACCACUGCACUAAGCAGGGCAGUCUUUUCGUUAUUUCGUUGCGGGGAAAAGCCAACCGGCUGGUUAGAGGAAAACGAGAGAGUGGGAAGGGAUGUUAUUCAUGAAGAACAAGUGGUCUUUAACGUUUUUUUUUUUGUUUUUAAGAGGUAUUGGUUAAUAUAAGUAAGGGAGCGGGGAUUCUAAAAGGUGUAUCGAUGAAUUUAGAAGGUAUGUAGAUUAAAAAUGACAGUCAAGAGCUGAAAAACAUUGGAAAAAAUCUUGGAAAACCAAAAAAAUUUACCAAAAACCUAACAAAUUAAGGAAAACACCAAUUUAAAGCCUUAAAAACUUAAAAAUCAGUUCAAAAAAUAAGUUUUUGCCAUUUUAGUGGGCCGCUCGAUUGGAAGAAGAGUGUGAGGAAUGCGAUGAGAACGAGAAAGAAGGCCUAGAAAGCGCCGAAAUUCAAGAUUUUGGCAGUGGAGGCACAGAAAGUCAUCGACGGCCAAAGAGGAAGAGGAGGAACUCACAGGAUCAACGUAGGGUUUACAAUGUCAUUUUGGGUUUAAAAGUGUCAUUUUGGCUAAAAAAUGUCACCUCAUGCUUUAAAGGAACCGUUCAUUGAAUUUUUUUGAAUGAAAUUUUUUCGCGGGUUUUCCAAUGUUUUCGAUUAAUUUUUUGAGAAUUUUUAUUUCUAAAAAUUAUUUUCAUUUGAUUUAUUCCUUACGGACGCGGUUGCAUAUUUUGAACCAUAUUGAGGUUUUCAGUUUAUAUUUUACUACUUUUACUUUAAUAUUCUACAUAUUCUUUGUUCUAAACUGUAAAAACAUGUUCCUUGCCAUAAUGAAACCGUUUUUAAACUUCUAGUUCAGUAAAACUUUUAAACAAUAGUGUAGGUCUUACUUUACUAUUGGUUUAAAAAUGCCAGGUUUCGUUAGAGAGUAAAGAGCUGCUAAUUCGACGUCAAAAGUAAGUACUUCCGUGUCUUUUCGAUUGCAGGACUUUAGAUCACAUUUACUGGCUGAAAAAUAUUAAAAUUGAGAUUGAGCUACAGAAUAUUAACGCGACGUGGCUGCCGACACACAGUUUAGUAACAUUUUGUGUCUAAAUGACUUAUUAUGCUGUAAAAUUUUAAUAACUUUAAAUUUUGUACUACCCGAGAGACACUUCUUGAGUUGUUUAAUGUCACAAGUGUUUUCAAAAAGCAAUUCCGUCAAUGUUUUCAAACGUAUUGAGUAGUAUGGCAUUGUUGUUUUCUUUCCUAUUCAGACCUUUAAAAUGUCAAAACACCCAAGACACAAGCCUUUUUUCUUCUGAAGCUUUAUAGGCAAUAUUACACUAGAUUUUUAGUGUUUCUACAGCUUAAAAGUAACUUAAUCAUCUACUGUUUGGUCUUAAAUUACUCUACAGACAAUAUGCUACAAUAUCUUACCUAUUACGUUAUUUCAAGGAUAACACCAUUAUAUGUGAUCUAAAGUCCUGCAAACGAAAAGAAACGGAAAUACUUACUUUUGACGUCGAAUUAGCAGCUCUUUACUCUCUAACGAAACCUGGCAUUUUUAAACCAAUAGUAAAGUAAGACCUACACUAUUGUUUAAAAGUUUUACUGAACUAGAAGUUUAAAAACGGUUUCAUUAUGGCAAGGAACAUGUUUUUACAGUUUAGAACAAAGAAUAUGUAGAAUAUUAAAGUAAAAGUAGUAAAAUAUAAACUGAAAACCUCAAUAUGGUUCAAAAUAUGCAACCGCGUCCGUAAGGAAUAAAUCAAAUGAAAAUAAUUUUUGGAAAUAAAAAUUCUCAAAAAAUUAAUCGAAAACAUUGGAAAACCCGCGAAAAAAUUUCAUUCAAAAAAAUUCAAUGAACGGUUCCUUUAAAAUGCCACUUUGGCGAUUUUUGAUUGAGAAGUGUCAUUUUUGGGUAUAAGAAUGUCAUAAAGGGAUAAGAAUGUUAUUAGGUGCCGACACAAAGAACCCGCCUACUUUGCCUGUAAUCUUCUUAAAAAAUGGCGGGUUCUUUAUGGUGGCAAUUAAAAAAAUGUCAUCUCAUGCAUAUGUAAAAAUUUCGUUUUAGGCAAAUGUAAUUUUAAGUUUAAAAAUGACGUUAUAGGCUUGAAAAUGUUACAGUCAAUAAAAAUGUCUCUUUGGGUAAGAAAUGUCAUUUUUGGAUAUAAAAAUGUCAUUCCGGCUUAAAAAUGUCACUUUAGGCAAACAAUUUUCAUUUGCAGUUUGAAUAUGACACUUUAUGUUUGAAAAGUCAUUUUUAAUAAAAAAUGUCGCGUUAGGCUAAAAAAUGUCAUUUUAUAUCAAAAAUGAUACUAUAGGCUUAAAAAUGUCAUAGUAGAUAAAAAUUAUAACUUUGGGUAUAAUUUUUCAUUUUUGUUAAAAAAAUGCUAUUUUGGAUUAAAAAAUGUCACCUUUUGUUUAAAAAUGUCAAUUUAUGCUUGAAAAGGACAUUAUAGGCUUAAAAAUGUCAUACAGGAUUUUGAAAUGUCAUUUUUGAUUUAAAAUGUCAUAGUCAAUAAAAAAUGUCUCUGUGGGUAUAAAAUGUCAUUUUUUGUUAUGAAAAUGUCAUUUUGGUUUAAAAAAUGUCACCUUAUGUUUAAAAAUGUCAUUUUAUGCUUAAAAAUCACAUGCUAGAUUUCUAAAUGUCAUUUUCGAUUUAAAAUUUUAUUUUGAAUUAAUAUUGUUUUAUGUUUAAAUAUGUUUUUUUUGUUUGAAAAUAUCAUUUUAUGCUUAAAAAUGUCAUACUGGAUUUCGAAAUGUCAUUUUCGAUUAAAAAUGUUAUCAUUUAUUAAAAAAUGUCUCUUUGGUUAUGAAAUGUCAUUUUGGAUAAAAAAAAUUUUUUAUUCUCUCUAUUUUCAGACCUGAUCCAACGUCAAUGGACCAACUCGGUGGACCGAAAACUUCACCAAUCUGACUACGAAACCGAUGACAACGGUGAUGGUGAAGCCGAGGUUCAGAAGAAAAAGAACACCGUGAGCACGAUAGUCAACGACUCGAUGGAGAUUAUGUUGGCUGGGGUUGAGUCGAUCAUUGAGGAUGAGGUCACCAGCAGGUUUAAGGCGGCUGCUUUACCUUCGUGGAACUUACUUAGUAGAAGUCGGACUGGUUAUGGGCAUGUUAAGUAAGUUGGGGGGUUGUUAUAUCAGUUUCGGGGGUUUGAUGACAUUUUUGAUGUCAUACGGGACAUUUUAGAUUGAAAGUGACAUUUUAUGAUAAAGGUGACAUUUUUGAACCCAGUAUGACACUGUUAUACCACAAAUGACUAAACUAAAAAUUUUUGUUUUAGCUGGAAGUUGAUGACAAUCUGGGGCCUUGGUGUGGCAUUCCGAUACUUUGUACUCGUACCAGUCAGAUUUAUAUUAUUCUUGAUCUCACUCUUGUUAUUACUGUUUAACGCUUUUUGGAUUGGACUCAUUCCUAAUGAAAAGUAAGUUUACCUAAUCCUACUUUUACGUUUACUUUUACUCCUACCCUGUGUUUUGGCGGACCGGUCCGCGGAUGGGUCCGGUCCGGACCGAAACAAAAAUUUUUUUCCGGGCCGGACCCAAAAGUUUGAAAGUUUAGACCGGACCCGAAAAUCGCCGGACCGGACCGGUGAAAAACGCUCCGACCGCUCCGGGCAAGACACUGCCCCUACCCUUACGUUGCUCUACCCUACUAUCUUAAUUACUGCUCCUAGCCUUUAACUUUGCCUUUACCUCUACUUUACUCCUAAAUCUAGCCUACCCUUUAAUCGGCUUAGGUUUAACAAGCUUAGACUUGUAGGCUUAGUGUUAGAGUUUUAUAAUUAGUAGGCUUACACUUGGCAGGUUGGUUUUUCUAAAUUAAUACUUAGUUUUACUCUGCCUUCUUCUGUUUUAUGCUUUGGAUUAUACUUUACUCUGCCUUGCUUACUCCCGGCUCUUCUUCUAUCGUCACCUUGCUUUUACCUUAUUAUAAAACUUCUUGUAAUUAGACGUUAAGACUUGUAUUUUACUAUAGUUUGUCAUUUUUUAGUAAUAUUGAUGUUUUAGUGUUCGAAUCGUAUGCAACAAGUACAGUAUGUUGAUGUUCUCCAGGAUUUUGUCCAGAGCUUUCUCUUCGAUUAUCGUUUUCCAUGACAAGUAAGGUUAAGAUUGGUAUAUUAUAUUAUAGUAGGCAUUAACAAAAAGUUUUUGUUUGAACAAGGAUUUUUAAUUUAAUUUUGAAUUUUCCGAAAUUUCAAAUUUUUAUAAAUUUCGAUUUUUUGAAAAAUUUUUAAAAAAUUUAUAAAAUUUAAAAUUUCAGACAAAACCGCCCUAAAAGUGGAAUAUGCGUAGCCAAUCACACCAGCCCAAUUGAUGUUAUGAUACUGAGUACUGACAAUGUUUAUGCUAUGAUUGGUCAAAGACAAGGUGGCAUUCUUGGGCUGGUGCAGACGGCUGUCAGCAGAUCAGCUCAUCAUAUUUGGUUCGAGAGGAGCGAGGCCAAGGAUAGGAAUGUGGUCAGGACUACUCUGAGGUAGGGUUUUUGGAUUUUUAGGCUUUCUUCCAUUUUCUGUUUUGUAAAGAAAGUUCUUGCCACUUUUUAUUCUGUAAAGAAAGUUCUUGUCAUUUGAUAUCCUGUAAAGAAAGUUCUUGCCAUUUUUUGUUUUGAAAAGAAAGUUCUUCCUGUCUUCGUUUCUGUAAAGAAAGUUCUUGCUAUCUUCGGAUCUGUAAAGAAAGUUCUUGCAAUUUUUUGUUUUGUAAAGAAAGUUCUUGUCAUUGUUUAUUUUGUAAAGAAAGUUCUUGCUAUUUUUCGCUCUGUAAAGAAAGUUCUUGCUAUUUUUCAAUUUGUAAAGAAAGUUCUUGUCAUUUUAAUUUUAAAAUUUAAAUUUUAGAGAACACGUUGAAGACCCUAAGAAACUUCCGAUUCUGAUCUUCCCAGAAGGCACGUGCAUCAACAACACCUCAGUCAUGAUGUUCAAGAAGGGUUCAUUCGAAGUGGCAGACUCGGUUCAUCCCAUCGCUAUGAAGUAUGACAAUAGACUUGGUGAUGCUUUCUGGAACAGCUCGGCUCAAGGAUACUUUUCCUACCUCAUGUCUAUGAUGACUUCUUGGGCUUUGAUGUGUCAGGUGGGGGAUUGUGAAGGUUUUGGAGGAGUAGAGUAGGGUAGGAUUAGACUAAAAAAGUUCAUGGUAUGAUUAGAGGGGGGUUACGGUAGAGUAGUAGGGCUUUGAUUGGUACGUAUUUGAACACGUUGAUAUAUGUUUAAUCUUUGCAGGUAUGGUACCUACCACCAAUGAAACGAGAGCCAGGAGAGGAUGCAGCGGUCUUUGCCAGAAGAGUCAAACGAGUAAUCGCUCAACAAGGCGGCCUGGUCGAUUUGGAAUGGGAUGGAAAUUUGAAGCGGACUAUGGUAAGGAAUCCUGUUUUAUUUCUCUAAUGUUUGAUUCGUACAAUUUAAAGUCAUAAAAAUUAAUAAUAUAGGGGUAGAGGGGACAAAGUUUAGUAGGCUUAGGUUCAGUAGCCUCUGCCUUAGGCUAUUAGCCUUUUCUUUACAAAGUUAAGAUGGUUAAGAAGUGCUGCACUUCAGUAAAUGAGAUUAAAAUUACCCUUUGAUCUACCCUACUCAUCCCUCGAAGAAAACUUGAGCUAAAUUGCCAUACUCGCUGUAAUUUGUUGGGUCGUUUUACAUCGAGGCAAAUGUUAUAUAAAUCCUUAAUAUGACAUAAGAAACCGUUGCGUAAUACCAUUUCUUGCAAUUCCUCUAAGGCUAUCUUAUUGUAUCAUAAAGCUGGGUAACAGCGCAUAAUUUUUUUCAAUACUGUUUAUGUAAUCAACUUUCAGGAUAGGGCCGGGUAGGCUAGUGAAAUAUACGCUAGGAGAGGGUAGAGGUAGGGGUAAAACGAAGGGGCUGGGGUAUGAGUAGGGUAGGGUAGGGGUGGGAAUAGGGUAGGGUAGGGGUGGGAGUAGGGGCAGGGGCAAAAGAUAGGGGUAGGGUAAAGCAGAGCAUGGACUGGGUAUGAGAAGGGAAUUUAAGAUAAAGCAGGGUAAAGUAAGGUACAGUAGGGUAGAGUAAAAUAGUUUAGGGUAGGGUGGGGUAAAUUAGGGUAGGGUAGGAUAGGAUAUGGUGUGGUAGGGUAGGGUAGCGUAAGGUAAGGUAAGGUAGGGUUUAACCUCAAAACUUGUGGCACCGGUAUACGGUAGUAAUUCCUCGGCAGUACUAAUAGUAUAAUACUUUAUGACUAUUUUUACUCAGACUUACUGUUGUUUUCUAUAAUCUUAAACUUUAGGUACCAGAAAAGCUAAAAGACGCCCAAAAAGAGCUGUUUUACCAAUACCUAUACCGUACCACAUCGAUCGCUGGCGAACUUUCGGCCGAAGAAAUCGAAAUCAUCAAACAGUUUGAGCAGGUAGGCUUAUCUUUGACCUUAUCAAUGGCAAAUUUCAAAAUAUUGAAAACUCGAAAGUUGAAAAAAUGACAUUUCCCAUCUUGUAGGAGCAUAAUAUGUCCGAACAAGAUGCAUUUGAAGAUGACAAACAUGAUAGACCUCUGCAUCUCAAGUCCGACUAA